CAAAAUGCAAUAUAUACUCGUAUAUAAGACAACGCCUAGUUUAGUACUCCAAUAAUUAAACUUAAUUUUACGAAUUUUUAUACAAAAUCUAAUUUUUAUACAAUGCAACAAGUAGAGGAGCAAGCCAACAUUCCACGACCACCAGGAAGAGAUGUCGAAGGUGGUGGCGCAGGAGCAAUGACGCCGGAGGGAAAGGAAAGGAAGGUGGCCGCCCCCGGAGAUUCUAUGAAGAAAUGGGUGUUUAUUUGUAGGUCAUGUGCUUUGGUUGCUGCUUUCCUCUCUUUCAUUCUUAUGGUUUUUGUUAGUGACUUCACUCAAGCUGAGGGGUUCAGUUAUUUGUUCAGCAUGGCAGUUCUUACGACAGUUUAUAUGGCCGUGCAAGUUGGAUUUAAAGGCCAUGAACUUCGCACCAAAAAGGAUGUGAUUUCACCAAAGGUUUCAGUUUGGAUUGACUACUCUGGAGAUCAGUUUCUAGCAUACAUGUUAUUCUCAUCAGCAUCAGUAGGAGCAACAACGUGCAAUUUUAUCAGAAGUGCAGGAUUAGAAGGUCCUGGGUUUGGCGUAGCAGCUGCAUCAGUCAGCAUGUCUUUUUUUGCAUUCUUCUGUCUCGCAUUUACCUCAAUUUUCUCUGCUUAUCGUCUAUUCACAGUAUUAUCAAACUCUUAAAUCAUAGCUAAGCUCAUAUUCAGCUUAAUUGUUUGUGAAGACUCUUUUUUUCUGUGUUUGUAUUGCCUCUCAAUGUCAGCUAUUA